GACAUUGGUCUGCCUCGAAACACGAUAACAGAUAAGCCUCCCUGCGCUCCGCGUUGUCGGAGUGUCCGCAAUGACGACAACUUGAAACAAAAAUAAACUGGCUUGAAUACGUUUUUCAAAAAACAAAAACAAAAACAAAAAACCCCCAACAACAAUGAACAAAAAUUAAAUUAAAAAACGGGGGUUCACACUGGAUCCUUGUCGCGCGCGCCCACGAGGAAUAACAACAGGAGAAUUUGGUGGCGCGCACUCGAUUCGCCGUGCUCCCGCACCUCGUAGAUCUUGGCUAAAGUGCUCAACUGCAGGCAAAGUGAGCAUGUAUGUGCACGGUUUGAUUCCAGCGAGCCUUGGAUUUGUUGGCUUCUGCCUGGUCGCCUUUGUCCAACAGCCUGCUUCAGGAAGUAAAACCAGCCAAGAUGUGGACGAGUGUGCAGAGGCGCUUGACAACUGCAGCAUCGACGCCAUCUGCCAGAACACACUGAAAUCCUACAAGUGCAUCUGCAAGUCGGGCUAUAAAGGAGACGGCAAACAUUGUGAAGAUGUCGACGAGUGUGCGACCGAAUACAAUGGUGGCUGUGUCCAUGAGUGCAUCAACAUCCCGGGAAAUUACAGGUGCACAUGCUAUGAUGGCUUCCGCUUGGCACAUGAUGGGCACAAUUGUCUAGAUGUAGACGAGUGUUCGGAGGGCAACGGCGGAUGCCAGCAGAUCUGCGUCAACAUGAUGGGCAGCUAUGAAUGUCGCUGCAGAGAAGGAUUCCUCCUCAGUGACAACCAGCAUACCUGCAUCCAAAGGCCAAAAGUGCGACCGGAAGGAACAAAGGAGGGUCCCACCUGCAUGGACAAGAAUCAUGGCUGUGCGCACAUCUGCAGGGAAACACAGAAGGGUGGCAUCUCCUGCGAAUGUCGACCUGGAUUCCAGCUCACACGUAACAUGAAGGACUGCAAAUUGACGUGUAACUAUGGGAAUGGUGGUUGCCAGCACAUCUGUGAGGAAACAGACCACGGCCCCAAGUGUUCCUGCCACAUGAAGUUUGUCCUGCACACAGAUGGGAAGACUUGUGUUGGCGUGGGUGUGCGUGUGCAUGCAGGGGAGAGGAGUGUCCAGUCCCAGGCAGCCCCCCAGCUGUUCCCUAAUGAGACCUGCGCGGUGAACAAUGGUGGCUGUGACAGCACGUGUCACGAUUCGGUGACUGGAGUUCGCUGCAGCUGUCCUGUCGGCUUCACGCUGCAGCCGGAUCGCAAGACCUGCAAAGACAUUGAUGAGUGCCGUCUUAACAAUGGGGGUUGUGACCAUGUGUGUCGGAACACAGUGGGCAGCUUUGAGUGCAGCUGCAAAAAAGGCUACAAGCUGUUGACCAAUGAAAGAACAUGUCAAGACAUCGACGAGUGCUCCUUUGACCGCGCCUGCGACCAUUUCUGUGUCAACUCUGCAGGAAGUUUCCAGUGCCUUUGUCACAAGGGCUACGUCCUCUAUGGCCUGGCGCACUGUGGAGAUAUUGAUGAAUGCAGUAUAAACCGGGGAGGAUGCAAAUAUGGAUGCAUUAACACCCUGGGGAGCUACGAGUGUACCUGCCCACCUGGAUACAAGUUGCACUGGAACAGGAAGGACUGUAUCGAGUUGGUGAAAUGUCCUCCAGGCCUUGUCGCCCCGAAGGCUACUCUCACCUGUAGCAAAACAGGCAAGAAAGAGAGCUGUUCACUCACCUGUGCCUCCAAAGCACACUAUCUGGCUGAGUCUGACAGCAGCUACUCGGUGAGUUGCGGCAUCCCCAUCGUCAGAGGGAAGGCCCCCAUCCGGCUCAACUCCAGCAGCAGUCAUAGCUGCAUAGAAACUUUGGCGCCUCCAGUGAAGCAGACAGCAUCUUUCAAGAUAAAAAAUGCCAAAUGUCACCUGCACCCUAAACUGACUGGCAGGACAGAAGACAGGGGGCGGACCCUAGGACCAGGAGGUGGUCAGCCCUGCAGUAACUGCUUGGUGACAUUUGUCAAUCUCAAAUGUGACUCGUCAAAGAAAGCGAAAGGGCGGCGUGCGCGAAACCCAGCUAACAAAGAGGUAACACGCAUAACUUUGGAGCUGGAAGCAGAGGUCAAAGCUGGCGACACAACAGGAAGUUGUAAUCUCAGCUGCCUCAGACAACGUAUGGAGAAGCAAGUCAAGACCUACAUCAAGGCCCUGAAGAAGUCCAUCAACCAAGAGCGAUUCCUGAUCAGAGUCGCUGGUUUGGAGUACGAGGUGGCCCAGAAACUUCCACAGGCUGCUCCCAUUCAAGAGAACUGCGGCCCAGGCUCUGAAAAGGACAGUGGCCGAUGCGUCAGGUGCUUGCCAGGCUCAUACUAUCACGGUGAGCAGGAGCGUUGCGUCCAGUGUCCGCCUGGCACCUUCCAGGAGAGGGAGGGGCAGCUGGCAUGCGACCUGUGUCCGGGCAGCGACGGCCACGGUCCUGUGGGAGCCCGAAAUAUUUCAUCGUGUGCAGGCCAAUGUCCCACCGGGUUCUUCUCAGGCGACGGCUUCAAGCCUUGCCAGCCGUGUCCCCAGGGCACAUACCAGCCAGAUUUGGGUCGGACUUUGUGCUUUCCUUGCGGGGGAGGACUGAGCACCAAGCGUGAGGGUGCAAGCUCCUUUCAUGAUUGUGAGGUCAAAGUGCAGUGUUCUCCGGGCCACUACUACAACACCACAGUGCACAGGUGUAUCCGCUGCCCAGUCGGAACCUAUCAGACUGAGUUUCGGCAGAACUACUGUAUUUCCUGCCCUGGAAACACCACCACAGAUUUUGAUGGUGCCACCAGUGUGUCGCAGUGCAAGAACAGGCAGUGUGGCGGCGAGAUGGGCGAGUUUAUGGGCUACAUCGAGUCCCCUAACUACCCCGGUAAUUACCCAGCCAACGUGGAGUGCAUUUGGAACAUCAACCCGCCCAGCAAGCGCAAGAUCCUUAUUGUGGUGCCCGAGAUCUUCCUGCCCUCGGAGGACGAGUGCGGAGAUGUGCUGGUGAUGAGGAAGAACUGGUCAGCUACAUCCAUCACCACCUAUGAGACAUGUCAGACGUAUGAGCGGCCCAUCGCCUUCACGGCACGCUCCAGGCGCCUCUGGAUUAAUUUCAAGUCCAAUGAGGCCAAUAGUGCCAGGGGCUUUCAGAUUCCCUACGUGACUUAUGAUGAGGACUAUGAACAGCUGGUUGAGGACAUCGUACGGGAUGGAAGACUUUACGCUUCAGAGAACCAUCAAGAAAUCCUUAAGGAUAAAAAACUGAUAAAGACUCUUUUUGACGUGCUGGCUCACCCAAACAACUACUUCAAGUACACCACUCGGGAGUCCAAUGAGAUGCUUCCCCGAUCCUUCAUACGUCUCAUAAGCAGCAAAGUCUCUGCUUUCCUGCGACCAUACAAGUAAACCUGCAUCAUCUGCAAUUCACUAAACGCCCCCCCCCCCACACCCACCCCACCCCCGUCACUCUUACAGGCUACAUCCCGCAACUCAUAAAGGACUUUGACACACAUAAUACAUCCUUUUUUGUAACCAUCUUUUGAUUUCCCUUGACAAAUGUGCAAAAUGCUGAAUAUUUGUGUUGUUUGUCAAUUUUCCCUCGCACGUCCACAGUCCAGAGCAUACGCAUUUAGUGGGGAUGUAGAAUAUGUGAGUGGGUUUGGGUUCCAUUGUGUCGUGCAUUGAGACCUUUCAAACGGAUAGAAACGGCUAUUUGAGACAGUAGAAGUGAUGAUGUGUUAGAGCUUGGUGUUGUAUUUGCUUAAAUGACUGGUCUGUAUUCCAGCGCCGACUGCGACCGUUAAGUAUGCCUGUAAGUGUUGUGCAAGUGUUGUAUAACCUUGGUUCCAUCGUGUGUGUGUGUGUGUGUGUGUGUGUGUGUGUGUGUGUGUGUGUGUGCGUGCGUGCGUGCGUGCGUGCGUGCGUG